AUGGAUCAUACUGAAGAGAAUGAAAUCCUUGCAGCAACCCAGAGGUUCUGUGUGGACAGGCCGGUCUUCAGUCAUCUGGUCCUCCAGGAGAGGCUACACAAGAAGGACAAGAUUCCAGAUUCCAUUGGGGAUAAGCUGAAACAGGCAUUCACAUGUACUCCUAAGAAAAUAAGAAAUAUCAUCUAUAUGUUCUUACCCAUCACUAAGUGGCUGCCAGCAUACAAAUUCAAAGAGUACGUGCUAGGUGACUUGGUCUCAGGCAUAAGCACUGGGGUGCUGCAGCUCCCUCAAGGUUUAGCCUUCGCAAUGUUGGCAGCUGUGCCUCCGGUGUUUGGCCUGUACUCUUCAUUUUACCCUGUUAUCAUGUAUUGUUUUUUUGGAACCUCCAGACACAUUUCCAUAGGUCCGUUUGCUGUUAUUAGCCUGAUGAUUGGUGGUGUGGCUGUUCGAUUAGUACCAGAUGAUAUAGUCAUUCCGGGAGGAGUAAACGCAACCAACGGUACAGAAGCAAGAGAUGCUUUAAGAGUGAAAGUCGCCAUGUCUGUGACCUUACUUGCAGGAAUCAUUCAGUUUUGCCUAGGUGUCUGCAGGUUUGGAUUUGUGGCCAUAUAUCUCACAGAGCCCUUGGUGCGCGGCUUUACCACGGCAGCAGCUGUGCACGUCUUCACCUCCAUGCUAAAAUACCUGUUUGGAGUCAAAACAAAGCGGUACAGUGGGAUCUUUUCAGUAGUGUAUAGUACAGUUGCUGUGUUGCAGAAUGUUAAAAACCUCAACGUGUGUUCCCUAGGCGUCGGGCUGAUGGUUUUUGGUUUGCUGUUGGGUGGCAAGGAGUUUAAUGAGAGAUUUAAAGAGAAAUUGCCGGCACCCAUUCCUUUAGAGUUCUUUGCGGUGGUAAUGGGAACUGGCAUUUCAGCUGGGUUUAGCUUGCAUGAGUCGUACAAUGUGGACGUCGUUGGGACACUUCCUCUGGGGCUACUACCUCCAGCCAAUCCAGACACCAGCCUCUUCCAUCUCGUGUACGUGGAUGCCAUCGCCAUAGCCAUUGUUGGGUUUUCAGUGACCAUCUCAAUGGCCAAGACCCUGGGAAAUAAACAUGGCUACCAGGUUGAUGGAAAUCAGGAGCUCAUUGCACUGGGACUGUGCAAUUCCAUCGGUUCACUCUUCCAGACUUUCGCAAUUUCAUGCUCCUUGUCUCGGAGCCUUGUUCAGGAGGGAACUGGAGGGAAGACACAGCUUGCAGGUUGUUUGGCCUCGUUAAUGAUUCUGAUGGUCAUAUUAGCCACGGGAUUCCUCUUUGAAUCAUUACCCCAGGCUGUGCUGUCUGCCAUUGUGAUCGUCAACCUGAAAGGAAUGUUUAUGCAAUUCUCAGAUCUCCCCUUUUUCUGGAGAACCAGCAAAAUAGAGCUGACCAUCUGGCUUACCACUUUUGUUUCUUCCUUGUUCCUGGGAUUGGACUAUGGUUUAAUUACUGCUGUGAUCAUCGCACUGAUGACUGUGAUUUACAGGACACAGAGUCCAAGCUACAAAGUCCUUGGACAGCUUCCUGACACAGAUGUGUAUAUUGAUAUAGAUGCAUAUGAGGAGGUGAAAGAAAUUCCUGGAAUAAAAAUAUUCCAAAUAAAUGCCCCAAUUUAUUAUGCAAAUAGUGACUUGUAUAGCAGUGCAUUAAAAAGAAAGACUGGAGUGAACCCAGCCCUUAUCAUGGGAGCAAGAAGAAAGGCCAUGAAGAAGUAUGCUAAGGAGGUCGGGAAUGCAAACAUGGUCAAUGCGACCGUCAUCAAAGCAGAUGCAGAAGUCGAUGGAGAAGAUGGUACAAAGCCUGAAGGAGAAGAUGAAGAAAUCAAGUACCCCCCAAUAGUCAUCAAGAGCACCUUCCCUGAAGAGCUACAGAGGUUCAUGCCCCCUGGGGAAAAUGUCCACACCGUCAUUCUGGACUUCACACAAGUCAAUUUUAUUGAUUCCGUUGGUGUAAAAACUCUGGCAGGGAUUGUAAAAGAAUAUGGAGAUGUCGGUAUUUAUGUGUAUUUAGCAGGAUGCAGUGCACAAGUUGUGAAUGACCUCACACAAAACCUAUUUUUUGAAAAUCCUGCCUUAUGGGAGCUGCUGUUCCACAGCAUUCAUGAUGCAGUUUUAGGGAGCCAACUUCGAGAGGCGCUUGCAGAACAAGAAGCCUUAACUCCUCCACCCCAGGAGGAUACAGAGCCCAAUGCCACUCCUGAGGCGUGAGGAACUCAGCCUGGGAUGGGGUAUGAGCCUCUCCUGAAAUUACUCAUUUACACAUUUUAAAUACCAGAGAAUAGGUUUUUUUUUUUCAAAGGGUAAAUACAAGUAGUCAAGGCUUCAUUUGGAGGGUGAAUGAUGCCUAGCAAGAUGUAUCUUACUUGUGUGUGUGUGUUUUUUAAUUUACUACUUCCAAAAUAUAUUGGCCUCUCACCUGCAUUUAUUGUGCAGUGACAGACAUUUCUGUUACUUUUUAGUAUUAUCUUUGUCAGCCAAGCACUUAUUUUUCCUUUUAAGUACCUUACCUACAAAUCAGAUAUGCUGUUGCCAGAUGGGUAGUGGUUCCUUGCUUUUGUACUUGCUGGUCUACAGAUCUUCUGUAACUGAAGUUAACAAACAGUAGUGGCAUACCCACAGUUUUCUGGAAGUUCUUUCUAAAACACCAUAUGUUUUUAUAGAAGCAAGGUAAGCACAUUACAGAAAAACUAGACUAGCAAAAAUAAGAAAAUAAAAAUAUUAUAUUGCUACCACUCAAGGAUUAUUGCUAACACCUUAAUGUAUCCUUUCAGAUCUUUAUGUAUACAUAUUUACAUCUUUUAACCAAAAUAAGAUCAUACUCUACAGUGUCUGUAACCUAUUUUUUUUCUCAUUCCAGAACAUUUUUACCUCAGACCAUAUUCAAAUUUCCCCCACUUGUCCCCAGAUUUGUAGUUGAUUUGUCCAAACUAGUAUCCAUUGUGUGACCUUACACCAUAACUGGUCAUGUCCCUUUAAGUCCCUAAGUGUAUCUUACUCUAGCACAGUCCCUUUUGGGAUGACAUGGACUUGUUAACGAGCCUGGGGCAGUUGUCCUGGAGAAUCCCGUACUGGUCAUGUAUCUAUGUGCUUCCUCAAGGUGUUAUUUAGCUUGUCCUUUUAUUUUCUGAACUACUUGUGAUCUAGAAGUUACAUCUAUAGGCCUCAUGGAUUUGAAUAAAACAUUUUUUACUAGAAUAUAUGACAGAUGAGACACAGGCUUCAGCCUGCAGCACAUCAGAAAAGAACACACUAUGUAGUUGACCCUACUAACAGAACAGCCUAAUCCCCCAAUUGUGUCUUCACCUUUCUGGUUAGUGAGUUAUCUGCAUGGUGUUCCUUUGGCAUGGAAUGAAUUCCUGGUUUCCCAUUAGCCAUUCACCUGGGAGUUUUAACAUCUAGUGGUACUCUUUGCCUAAAUCAGUAAAUAUUAAGGUUUGUUAAUUUUUUUCUCUGAUUUUCUUAUUUCUUCUGCAUUUAUUAGUUGAUGUUUCUAUGUAAAUUAUUAUAGCUUUCCUUCCUCAACUUGAGCUAUUUAGUCAUCCUUAAAUACAGUUCUUACUGGAAAGGCAGAUUCGUUUUUUCCAUUUAAUUAUCAAAUUCAAAGUAAGAAGUUGGUUUUAUAAACAGAUGGUGACAAAUUAGGUUCUUUUCAAUUUCUUUUUUGGUGUAAUUAUAGACUCAUGAGUUUUUAUAUUUUAAUGUGUUUCAGUCUGUUAGUUAUUCUAUUUGGUGCUAAAAUUGUCACAACUGUGACCAGCAGGAGCCCCUAGAAAUGUUGCUAAUAGUGAAGUAGCCUGAAGACUACGUAUUUAAGAAAACUAACUCCAUUCCUUAGAAGUCCAUAAAAGUUAUUUGGUUAACUCUUCAUCAAACUCAGUUUUAAGCCUAUGAAUGAGUAAGAUGCUUAUUUUCAAGUACUCUUUUUAGUUGUUCCAAAGGAGACCAUUAAGACAAUUUGUCAUCAAAAGUUCUUAUUCUUACAAUUCUAACAGAUCACUCUAAUUCAAAGCACAAGUAUUAAUUGGCUAACCUGCCUAAGGCCUCCCCUGCUAAGAUUUCCUGCUAAUAUUGUUUGCCUUUUUUAUAUGCUUUUUUCUUCUUUAAAAAAAUGUUUUCUUAUUGAUUCCUUGUUUUAGUGUUCAUGAAGAAAACACUGGCAGGAGAAAAGUGGUCACAUCCCAGGAAAGCACUGCGCUAGCAUAGGUCUACUCAAAACCAAACUCUGUGGUUUGUUUGCUUUAACUCCAGUGAGGUUUCUCAUUACUUUACUAAUUUAAUUCAAAGUAGACCCCUUCUUUCUAAUCAAUUCUUUACCUAGAUAUACAGGGAAAUUAGAUAUACAUUCAGUUAUUUCCUUGGCAAUCAUCAUACACAAGAUCCAGUACAUCUGCGUUCUAAUACAGACUGCCUUCUGAAAGAGCAUGUAGUUGUAGAGGCUCAGCUUAUACUAGAAACUUUUGUAAAAGGGCCUGCAUCAUUUCAGCCAUUUAGGAUUUUAAACAAUGUUACAGAAUUUUUCAUUGUAUAUCCCUUAGCACCAGCCUUCAACAAAUGCUUUACACAUAGUGGAGACCCAAGUCCUAGUAUUGAUAGGUUGAAAGUAGUGUACAAAAAAGUAUGUCUAUAUCUUACAAAUUUGUAUUUAACUUUUCUUUAAUGUUUAGCCUAGUUUGAAUAGAAUUCUACCAUGUACAUAAAAAGCCCUGAAGUCUUACUGAAGGGAAAUGUUUUUGUUUCAGCAUGUUUCUGAGAAUCUAAAAACGCACUUCAGAAUGUAUUUUAUCUGUAUGUAAAUAUUUUGGAAUGUUUUACUUAGAAUUAUUUCGUCUAGUGGAAAAUUUCCUGGUCUCUUUUUACUUAGUCAAGUUCCGUCUCUACCUUCUAUCUGGACUUUAAUAGCUGCUAGUGUAUGCCUGUGUUUUUCAGCCGAUUCAAAUUCAGAUUCUUGUUGCCCUAUCAAAAUGGGCAUAACACACAUCAAUCAGUAAACAUAGGGACUAGCCCUAUUUUAUAGUAGUAGGGGACAACCCUGUUUUCAGGAAGGUCCCAUAUAAACAAAUGCUUUGUCUUUCUCAUAUCCUGCAUAAUAUGACAGUGGUUGAUCUCUACCUCAUGGAGGGGUGGAAUGUUUGAAAACAAUGUGAACCAGGGCUCAGGGAACUCCUAGUCAUGUCAUAGACACUGACUCUGCAUAAUCAUAUGGCAGCUGGUAGGGGGAUCCCAAUUGCCAAUCUCAUCUGCAGUGGGACUCAAAGAUAACAGUUAAAGAUCUGAAUCCUCUACAAGCCCUGGGAGUAGCUCACUUUGUAGUUUUCAGGUAACAUCUCAAAUAUCCACUCCAUGUGGUUUGACCCUGUAUCCUUACCUGUUUAACAGAAAGGAGGUACUUGCCUCCAAAGGUACAUUGAGAAAAUGAGUAUGCCCUCCUGUGUGCAUGAGGGCAGCAAGCCCAGAGAAUCUGCACUGGAGUGGGUAGGUGUGUUUUUCUGUGUUUUAGGGGGUGAGGGUGGGGGGUGUGCCCUUGUGUGGGGAUGAGGGAGGGAAUGCUAUGUGGUGGGGAAGGCUUUAUCUACUAUGUCUGCCCCUUUAAACAUAGUAAAUCAAUUUAAAUUCUAAGAUCAAAUAAAACUUUAGUGUGAGACUGUAUGCUUUAAUGAGUGCAAAAAAACUGUUGGUCCUUUUUAGUAUACCUUUCAGGAAUGCUUAGGAUUCAGUAUGUUUAGAUUCUUGAUAUGGUUUGAGUGCUGGUAAGAGUAAAUAUGAGAACUGAUAAAAGUACCAUCUAAUUCUCCAAACCAAAAUGCAUAUAGCCAACCAAAAUGCAUUCAGUGGUUUUGAAACCCCUCAAAUCCCAGUAAAAUGUUCAAAAGCUAGCUGCCUGCUUAUUGACAUGAAUGUAAUCAAGUUUGAACAUCUCACAAAUCCAUCUUGCCUUUGAAAAUGACCCACCAGCUUUUUCAUUGUACUGGUAUAUAGCAUUUACUUUGUGAACAGGUGAUCCUCAUCAUUGUGGAAAUUAAAUUUUUAUAAAUCUGGUAACAUUUUUAAAUGUUAUAUUUUUUAAAGUAUCACUGCAGUAUUAUUUUUCUAUUCAUAAAUCCUUUGUAUUAUCUAUUAGCACUCUGACUGUAUAAACAUA